AUGAAGUUUCACAGUCUAAAGGAGGAAUCUGCUCACAGACUCAUCAUGAUGAAGCUGACUCUGUCUGUCCAUCUCAUCUGGAUUCUCCUCAGCUCUGGUAACGUCACUCUUUCCACUUUAUUAAGACAUUGAAUAAAAACCUGAAAUUAGUUUUAUGAAAGUUUUCAGAUAUUAAACGUCUUUUUUCACCUGAAACACAUCCUACUGGUCUUCUGCUGUACAGUCCAGAUAAGCUCAUGUGAGUAGAAACAGUAGAGCAGAGAAGAACAAAAAUUGAGUGAUUAAAAUAUUUAAAGGGGUAUAAUCUAAGGAUCUGUAGUUUUAAUGACAGGAUAGAUCAUUUUACAAAAGAAGGCAGAUUUAGAGAAACUACAUCCAGAACUUUUCUGGUUAAACAUAAAAAAUUUCUGUUUAGUUGAGUUCAAUCUGGAUCAUAUUGACUUUAUUCAGACACUGAUUGUGACGCCACAGCACACACCACAACAUUUUUAUUAAACCGGCAUGUCUGUCAAACUAUCAUCCAAAAGGGUCACCACAAUCAACAUGAUGUGAAAACUCCUCACAUCGCCUAAAACAAUCAUAACUUAAUUCAUCUCCGUCUCUACAGCUGAAGCUCUGAAGUGUUACCACAAAUCUUGGGAACCGAGCUGGGAGGACCCAACGUCCUGUGCUUCUCCUGAUGAGCAGUGUGCAGGAAUUGCAGCAGGUUAGAGGUGCAGGAGGGUUAAUGUGUCCUUGAGUCGUUUACUGAGUCUGUUUCAGAUAACCUCUUCUACCAUAGUUUUAAUCCUGUCAUUAUUUGUGUUCAGACUCGGAUAUGAUGACGUUGCCCUCUAUGCACAUAAAAGUAGGAAAUUGUACAGCGCCCUCCCUAUGCUCUGCAAUUGAGCGACAAAUUUCAUUCACUUAUGGUUCAUCAAGAGUGGCUACCUCUGGUUACUGCUGCAAUACAGACGGCUGCAACAACAGAAAUGUCAAGGGUGAGUAUUUUGACUCAUCUCCUUGCUAAACCACUCUUUCUAAAUCGUUCCCUGCUAAUUACUGAUCCUCUUCUUUUCCCCAUCUGUGUUGAUGCUCUCACCUGUAACCUUUCUUUGUAACCAGAGUUUUGAAUUUCACAUUUAUGUGUACUUACACGGAUGAAACUUGCAGUCCUGUCCAGUAGAGAAACUUGUGUUCUUCUGUUUCAGUGUCUGAUGUGCAGACACGAAAUGGCCUGCAGUGUUUCACCUGCUCAGGUCCACAGGACACUGUCUGUGACACCAUAGUUCAGUGUGUUGGGAUUCAGAACCGCUGCUUCAAAUCAAUCAGUAAGCCUCUAUAAUGUGCUCUGAAAAACAUUCAAAGAAUCUGCUGCAGUCUUUUCAAAUCUUUUUUUUUUUUCACAUCUACAGUGUCAAUGCAAGGCAAGACUGGCCCAGUGCUCGGCUGUGUAUCUGCAAACCUGUGUGAAGGCAACAUUGAAGGGGAGAGAAGUCUUUUCUCUAUGCCUGUUCAAAUACUAAGUGCACCUCAAUGUUGUGGGACCAGCCUGUGUAAUUCAGCUCCGACCUUCAGACUGAGUGUUGUUCCUGUGCUGCUCGGUCUCGUUGCUCUCUCUGCCAACUGA